AGGUCAUUGAGAAUAGGUGAAUGUUUUCGUUUGCAUAAUCGAAACAAAACUAAUUUUCUUCUAUAGGAUAUAGAUACCUACAUUUCAACGAUGUUUCGCCUGCUCAUCGCUGUGUGUAUGGUGGCAUCCAUCUAUGCCUUCGAUAGCAAGCUUGAUUCCGAAUGGGAAGCCUACAAGCUUACAUACAAGAAAUCGUAUGGCAAAAAUGAAGACUAUUUCAGGCGUCAGAUCUGGGAGAGCAACAUUGCCUACAUCCAGAGGCACAACCUGGAGGCAGACAGGGGAGUCCACACCUACACCCUUGGCAUGAACAAAUAUGGGGAUAUGAACAAUGACGAAUUUGUUGCCCAAAUGACCGGCCUUAACAUGACCCGCUCAACCAACGCAGAAGGAUGUACGAAGUAUACGCCCUAUUCAGGGGUCAAGACCAGUGACCUUCCGGAUACUGUCGAUUGGAGGACAGAGGGAUACGUGACAGGUGUUAAAGACCAGGGCGCCUGUGGUUCUUGCUGGGCGUUCUGUGCUGCUGGUGCUCUGGAGGGCCAACACUUCAAAAAAACUGGAGAGCUUGUGUCUCUCUCUGAGAAAAAUCUGAUGGACUGUUCCUGGUCUUACGGAAAUAUGGGCUGCCUGGGAGGAUGGCCCAACAGCGCAUUUGAGUACAUUAUUGACAACGGUGGAGUCAACACAGAGGAGUCAUACCCAUACGAACCAAAGGAUGGGGAUUGCAUGUUCGACCCAGCAAACAUUGGCGCUACAAUGACCGGUUGCCAAGAUAUUGCGCAGGGAUCGGAAGAUCAACUACAGGUCGCAGCGGCCAAUAUUGGCCCGAUCUCCGUCGGCAUGGACGCUGGUCAUCUUUCCUUCCAACUGUAUAAGUCUGGAAUUUAUCAUGACGCUAUAUGUGCAAAUUCUAUUGACCUGCUGAACCACGGCGUUGUGCUGAUUGGAUAUGGCAACGAAAAGUCUGGAGAGUAUUGGCUGGUUAAAAAUAGCUGGGGCAAGAGCUGGGGUAUGGAGGGCUACGGUAUGAUGUCAAGAAACAGAAACAAUAACUGUGGUAUUGCAACAGCCGCUAGCUUUCCAACAGUGUAGUGUUUGAACUGAGUCACAGACUUGAUCUUUUUGCUGCAUAAAGUGAUAUCAAAAAUGAAAUGCAUUGUUAAAUGAAAUGCAUUUUUUUCUAAAAUUAUACUGUUUGUGAUUUAAACUUUAAUUGUUAAUGUGAUUCUCGUAUUUAUAAUCGAUAUAACAAACAUUGAUUUUGAGUGAUAAACCUUUACCUAAUUAUUUGAUAAUGCAUUUAUGGAAAUAUCAAUUACUGAUAACAAGUUUGUAACCGUGUAAUUAAUAGCUGAAAACGCACAAAUAUUAUUUAAAUUAUAGGACUGUUGAGUCCCAAAAGAAUUACGGAGAUCAACUAUCGUCUAAUAAUACAUAGAAAUACUUUGUUGUAUGCACCCUUCUUUCAAAUUAAAAUUAAACAUAUAUAUUUGUA